AUGUUUGGUGGUUCGAAGGGAACUAAUACAGGAUUUACCUUUGGAUCAACAUCAACUACAACAAAUGGAACAACAGCAGGUACACAAGGAGCAGCGAAACCUUUAUUUUCUUUUGGAAAUACUACGACAUCUUCUGCUAUCACAACUACUACACAAUCCUCUGGUUUUUCCUUUGGCAACACAUCUAAACCACUGUUAUUUGGUGGAACUGCUGCAAGUGGUGGAACUGCUACAAGUGUAGCUUCUAAUACUGGUGCCACAACUGGAUUUAGUUUUGGAUCCGCAACCAAUAAAGGAACAGGAAGUAUUUUUGGCAGCACGUUUGGUUCACCUUCGACAACUGCGAAUGGUGGUUUUACGUUUGGUGCUAAACCAGCCGCUGGUUCUGGUGGUUUAUUUGGCACCUCCACAACCACAUCAUCAUUGGCAGCAGCAACAACAACAACAGCAACGGCUCCUGCAAAUACGACUGCAUCAAUCUUCUCUUCAUCGCUUGGUGUUGGUGCAAAACCAUCUUCAUUGUUCGCUAAUCUCACUUCACCAACGGUAACGGCAACACCAGCCACCACUACAAAUGCUCAACUCGGUGGAGGUCUUUUGUUUGGAACUGUACCAACAACUGCAACAAACACCGGUUCAGUUGGUACAACAACCAGUAUGGCUCCAUUUUCCUUCGGCACUCCAACUUCUAGUAGCCAACCUUCUGGUUCUUUAUUUGGACUUGCAACAGUGCAGCCAGCUGUGUCUGCUACUCCAACUAUUGGUGCUUCGACGAGUAGCCUCUUUGGUCAAAAAUCGACUUCAGGAGGUUUAUUUGGUCAAGUUGCUGCUACUACACCUAGCACUAUUCCAACAACUGGAUCUCUCUUUAGUACUUCGACUAUAGCGAAAUCAACAUUUGCAUCACCUUCGGCAAUUGGUACUGCUGCAACUCCUGCUACUACUACUACUGUUGCGGCACCUGCCUUAUCCUUUGGUUUCAACACUGCGGCUCCGACGACUGGAACCGCAGCACCAUCUUUAUUCGGUUCUGCUGUUUCUUCAUUAACUUCGACUAGUACUGCACCUACUGUUGCAUUUCAGUCUACUGCUUCCAUGGCAGCUCCUCAAUUUGCUGGAUUAUUUGGAACGAAAACUGCGUCAGUUACCACAUCUGCGACUGGUACUACGUCGAUGUCUGAAUUGAGUGGUACAGCAGCACCAUCAUUAACUACUACAACUAGCAGUGCAGUGCUCUCUUUUGGUAGUACAGGAACAACGCCCGCUUCCCUUAAUCCAGCUGCUACUUCUGCAUUUACUUUUGGUUCUUCAGCUCUCACACCAGCAUCGAGUGCGCUACAACCAUUACAACCAGUAGUGAGCAUGACUUCAGCUGCUUCGACACUGCCAUUAUUUCAAGCUACACCUGCAACUGCUCUUCCUACUGUACCAACAAAUGGAUUUGCCUUUGGGCAAUUAGCAACAACAACAACAACAACAACAACAACAACAACAGCAGCAGCAGCAGCAGCAGCGGUAACAACAACGAUGGUAACUACUGCUUCAUUACCAAUUAUAACAUCUUUUUUACAAUCUACCACAACUACUUCCGCUGUAUCUACUACAAAUACAGUGACUUCGGCUGGUUCAGCACUCCCAUCAUUAUUAUAUCCUUCGAGAACAACUGCUUUACCAUCAACUGCUUCAAUUACAACUACUACUUCAACAAUAACUUCAAGUGCUUUAGCUAGUAUUGUUCCUGCUGCUCCCACUAUCACACCUGAUAAACCGAUCUCAUUUGCACAACUGGAGCAGCUUAUAAAUCGUUUAGCACUUGAUGUCGAAACACAACAGCGUGUUUUUAUGUCCCAAGUACUUGAAUUGAAUGCAUUUGAUCGAGUUUUGCGAGGAAAUCAGCAAAAGGUUCUUGAUAUAAGCGAAGAGAUCAAGCAACUGGAAGAGGAGAAGGAUCGAUUUUUGCAUACUGUGGAUUUUAUUUCUCAACAGCAAGCUGAACUUGAGGCUUUAGUUGUUGAUUUGGAAAAGGCAUUGGGUCUUAGUGAUUGGACAGAAAUGACGCCAAUAGGACUACCAGAUCCAGGUGUAGCUACUCAUGCUGAUAUGCAACGACAGGCUAUGUUGCAACUACAGCUACGAAUUGAUGCACAGCUGAAACAAGCAGAUGAUGACAUCACUGACAUCAUCGAACAGGUUAAAGAACUACAGAGAAGUGCUGUGGGUCUCGAUGAUGAGGCUGAAUCGGCGGAACAGAUUGCGCAGAUUCUUAGACGUCAACUGGAUGCUCUGCAAUGGAUUGAUGAACAAAGCUGUGACUUAAAAAAGAAAGUGGCAAAAUUAUCGGAAGGAUUAUCGAUGAAAUAA